AGAUGAGAAAAUGAUGGAAUAAGAAGUGGAAAGAACGAAAAACACUCUUUCCCUGUGUACUAGGCACCUUGAUUUUCGGUGGAAUCUUUUGUUUAAAGACCAACAGCGUGAGUUAAUUCCUCUUCUUUACCUUCAACCAACCAGCUUCUCUGCUCUUCAACUAGAAGCAAGUUCUAGACCUGCUCUUCCUCUCCUCGUACAACAAGAUAUUCAUAUUCAACAACAAGGGAAACACCGCGACAACAUGGCUGGCAAGAAGUCCAGCACGGUCGAUCGGGGUCCAACUGCCAUGCAUAAGUAUCGCGGCACUGGUUUCGAGGAAUUCUUUGCCGACCCUCCCAUGACUCCUGCCGAAACUCAGGAGGAGCGCGAGAACAUCUACAGCCUAGAGUUGACCUUUGCCGAACGUAUCCAAUCAUGCAUCCAGCGCUACCGCGCUCGCCGCCGUCUGGGUGCUUCGGACCAGAUCUUCAACAGGUACCUCUUCUUGGGAGGCAUCGACACCACACCUCGCAUGUUUGGCGGCAACAUAGAUGCCGACCUCAAGGACAUGACACCGGCGGAGAGACGAGAAGCAACGGCCAUUGACACCGUCUACAGCUCCGGCGGUGGUGCGCGCUUCUACAAUGACGACGAUCCCGAUGGCUGGGAUGUCGACUUUGCCGGUGUAGUCGCGGGUUUCUGCUCCGAGACGCUCCCGUACGAGACGGCUUGGGACUAUGCGCAGAUGGGUAAGGCAGUUGGCUUGCUGGAGAACUUUCUUACCUACAUCCUCCAGCACGACGUGUGUCCAGAAUACGACGCCAAUGUCAAGGAAGCUCUAGAUCUCUGCCAAAAGGCCAAAGUUGACCUGCCGUUGUCUCAUCAAGCUCUCCUCCGAUUCCCUGGCCAAUGCAACCUGGCGCUGUCGGAGCUGUUUUGCAAGGACUUUUUCUGCUUUGGAGAUGCCGAGGAAUUUCAGCGGCCAAAGGAUUUCUCCCCUGAAGCGGUCUUAAAGGUUGCAAUGGCAAUGACUGCUACCCAGGAGCAGUACAAUGCCGUCACCAAUGGUCUGAAAGACGGCAUCAUUGAGGUCAUCGGCGAGGAGGAGUGCAGCGUCGAGAUCAUCUCCAUCCACCGGCCGACAGACGAGGCGCGCAAGCUUACUCGGAGCAUCCGCCUGGGCAAGGGACACCGAUUCGAGCCCGUCGGAAUAAUUAUCACGAAGCCCUGCAUCAUUGAGGAUGGCUACGACUAUGGAGAGGACAUUGUUCUGUCCGAUGAACAGCGCGACACCUUUUACCUGGAAGAUUCAAUCCUGCAACGCCUGAAGCCAGGGUUCAGACUGCAACUCUGCGUAUGCGAGCUCAACAUUGGCAUCAAAUUUGUGAAGCAGGCUCGUCAAGUUCUCGUGGAAUGGUACACCUUCCUGCCGCAGAACCUCAUGCGACACUACAAGGAGCCCGUAGCUAAUGAGCGCCCUGCACCGUCGGCCAUCAAGGCAGACGAGAAGACCGAGAAGCAAGAAGCUGUAACCAGCUGACUACCGAGGUUGGUCUAGUAUAAGGAUUAUCGGCUGGCCGUCACCACGCGAACAUCACUAGGUUGGCCAUCUCACG